AUGCCAAGAUCUAAGAAGAACGAGACAGACGAAGAGAAUGACAAUGAGAAUGAUAAUCCCGACGGCAUAGUGCUCGAGGAAGAGGCAUCUCCGAAUCCGAAUCCAAAUACAACAACGUCGUCGUCAUCAUUCUCCUCCAAUCCUCGAAGACGCAAAUUCAUCUUGAUUGGGAUUGCUGCCUUUGUGAUUCUCGCCGCCAUCAUUGCCACCGUUCUUGUAUUGGUAGUCUUCAAGCCAAAACAACCCAUUGGAUAUGAAGAAUACCAGGAAGAUUUGCUAGCCGCCCUUCGUGGCGACAGAAGUUAUUUGGGAGAUCAAUCGGACGAUGAUACACCCCAAGGCAAGGCACUGAAAUGGUUAAAGUCGGAUACUGGUUCCUUGGUGGAUGUGACACCCGCGGACGUCAUGGUGGAACGAUACGCCAUGGCAGUCUUUUAUUAUGCCACGGAUGGUCCCAAUUGGGAAGAACAGGCUGGAUUUUUGACCCAACCCAGUAUCUGCGAAUGGUGGAAUACCAAGGAUGAGUAUCUUCUCUGUCAUCAAUCGGUUCUAGUUACCGAUCUGAACUUUUUCAACAACUCGCUUGGAGGAACAAUUCCUACUGAAAUUGGAUUGUUCCAAAACCUCUUUUGGUUUCAUUUGCCGUUGAAUAAUGUGGGUGGAACAAUUCCAAGCGAGGUCGGGGCCUUGAAACAACUGACAUCUCUCGUACUAGCAUCCAACAAGCUGACUGGAAGCAUUCCUGCCACCAUUGGCAAUUUGGUAGAAAUGAGAACCUUUGAGCUCGAAAACAAUGACAUCACUGGCAGUAUACCAAACACAAUUGGUUCCAUGACCCAUAUGCAGACAUUAUUCCUUGGCAAUAAUAAGGUGUCGGGACCAAUUCCAUCUGAAAUUGGACGUUUGGUCAAUGCCUCAGAUCUAUUCUUGCAGUCCAAUGACCUGACUGGAACAAUUCCGAGCGAGGUUGGCGACAUGACGAGUCUGCAAUUUGUCUAUUUGCAGAACAAUCCAAAAUUGACUGGAAGUUUAGAGCCACUGUGUGAGACAGUGGCUUCCAGCAAUGCGGUCUUUCGUGCCGAAGUGGACUGUUUGGAUGACUUGGUCACCUGCUCGUGUUGUGAGCGAUGCUAG